GCCGCCGCCGCCGCCGCCGCCGCCGCGGGCCCUGCGCUCAGCCCCGUGCCACCUGUGGUCCACCUGACCCUGCGCCAGGCCGGCGAUGACUUCUCCCGUCGCUACCGCCGCGACUUCGCGGAGAUGUCCAGCCAGCUGCACCUGACACCCUUUACCGCAAGGGGACGCUUUGCCACGGUGGUGGAGGAGCUCUUCAGGGAUGGAGUGAACUGGGGGAGGAUUGUGGCCUUCUUUGAGUUCGGUGGGGUCAUGUGUGUGGAGAGCGUCAACCGAGAGAUGUCGCCCCUGGUGGACAACAUCGCCCUGUGGAUGACUGAGUACCUGAACCGGCACCUGCACACCUGGAUCCAAGACAACGGAGGCUGGGAUGCCUUUGUGGAACUGUACGGCCCCAGCAUGCAGCCUCUGUUUGAUUUCUCCUGGCUGUCCCUGAAGGCCCUGCUCAGUCUGGCCCUGGUGGGGGCUUGCAUCACCCUGGGUGCCUAUCUGGGCCACAAGUGAAGUCAGAAGGCCUGCCACAAACAAAUAUGCAAAAGGUUCACUAAAGCAGUAGAAGUAUAUGCAUCACCAGUGAUGUCCCAUGAAACGAAGCCGUGGUCUCUUAAAAACAAAACCUGAAACAAAACAAAAACAGCUUUCGGGCUCAGCGUCGAAUCAGCUAUUUACUGCCAAAGGGAAAUACCAUUUAUUUUUUACAUUCUCAAGAAAAAAAAAAAAAAAGAUUUAUUUAUUUAAGACAGUCCCAUUGAACCUCCUGUCUUUGGAAACCCUACCGCCAAUUGCCAAGCCCCACCUGGGCAGCACCACCUGGCUCUCCUGUGCCUAUAAACACGGAUUUGUUUUCCAUGUUGUUGGCUGGACUGACUCACCAUCUGAAGAGCAAACGAACUGACAAAGGACUUGACUGUUCCAGAAGCCGGCUGUUGGAAGUUAGGAAGAAGGUGUUCAUUUUCCUUGCAUUUCUUUGCCCUGGGGGCUGCGAUAUUAAGAGAGGGAAGGCGCUCGGCGAAGUCCAUUCUUCCUGGCCCGAAGAACAACACGCUUUGCGUAUGGUUCACAUGGUACAGACCCAGUGGGGAGAAAACACUGGGGAACUUCAGAUGGACUUGGUACCCACCAAGAUUUCCACAGCGAAGAACAGUGAUGGGGAAAAUGCCGUUAAACCAUAGGAAAGUAUUUUUUUAAGCUACCAAUUGUGCCGAGAAGCAUUUUAGCAAUUUAUCCAAUAGCAUCCAGUACCUUAAGCCCUGAUGUGCAUAUUCAUACAUUUUUGGAUACACUCCCCCCGCCCCCCACCCCACCAAUACUGGCUCUGUCUGUGUAUGAAACCGAAUCCUCCCGAAUGCGAGGAAGUGAACGUUUCGGUGACUUAUCCAGAAGCAUCAGGCCGCCACAAGUGCCUGCGUUUCCCUAAGAGGCCACAGUCUGAAGCCCUGCCUCGCCCCAGCUCGGAGGCCUCGUCCUGGAACUGAGCCUGGGCACUCGCUGGCCGGCUCCAAGGGUUUUAAACAGAGCAGUGUGGUCUCCGAAUGUCUGGAAGCGGACAGAGCUCAGAAUCCCACUGUCAAGAAAGAACAGUAGUCGGCCUGGGCCUGUGGCCCUGGGCCCUCCAGUCGGGCCCUUUUCCCUCGUGGAGCGUGCAACCUGGAAGCCGAGGCUCUUAAGACGUUGAUCACCGUGGAGGGGAGGAAACAGAGGCACUGCGCCUUUCCCGGCAGAGGGAGGUGGCCAUGCCGCCACCAAAAGGAAACCGGGGGAAGGAGACAGGUGUAGCGCGUGUGCGGUGUGGCCGCCGCGCAUGCGGGCUGGCUGCGCAGGUGAAAGCAAGGCUUUAAAUGACUUUGGGGAAGGUCGUAAAUCCUAAAGAAAGCGUUGAAACGAGGUGUCAUGGAUUAACUGACCUAUGUCUAUGGGAUUACGAUGUAAAACAUUAUCUUGUCAUUGUAGUUUGGGUUUUUUUUUGGAAACCUGACAGAGGGAGAAAAAAAAAAAAAGUUCCAGGUGUGGCAUGUGGGAAUUUAUCUGUACCUCCUGGGGCAUUAAAAAAGAAAAAAAGAAAAAAAAAAAAAGGUCAGUGGUGAAAACUCUAGAGACAUAGUAAAGAAGUGAAAUCUCCAGCUAAUAAACUAGAAAAUAUUUUUUCCAGUUUAGAAUGGGCUUUGAGACAUUUAUGGAGUAAAUGUGGCAUUAUUGCAUUAUAUACCAUUUAUCUGUAUUAACUUCAGAAUGUACUAUGUUCAAUGUUUAAUGCUGUGGUUGAUGUUUUGAAAGCUGCUUUAAAGAAAAACAUGCAUCUCAACAUUUUUUAAAAAUUGUAUUUAGUUACGGCCUCUACACUAUUUUUUAGCAAAAAUUACCAUCUUUCCAUUUGGAGUUUUUGUCUCAAUUCUUUAAAAGCAUUUCUGACAAGGAGAGAGAAUCCCCGGGUCUCAGCGACGUGAAAACCCCCUGGAGCGUGCUGGCCACUGAGGGAGAUUGCUUCAACCAAGUUAUGUGCGUUUCCACGUCAACAGAAUUAUUGUGAAGGACGUAUCUCUUGUCCCUUUGACCUUGUUCCUUGAAGGUUUCUUAGUUCCUGGGCAAAUCAGAAUCUAACGCAUAUUAGUUAGGACGACAUCCAUGUUUGGUUAACCCCAUGAGAUUCAUUCAGUUGAAAAUCCAGAUGGGAAAUGACCAGGGGAUUACAUGCUGGCCACUAUGGUUUGAUCUUUAGAGGGUUGCUCUACGUGGUCUGUUUUGACACAGAUCCAUCCAGAGCGCUCCUGCCCUCCUUCCACAGGGCCCGUCCCAUGGCCGUCCUUCGGAUUCUUCCUGAAAUGCAGUGACGCCUGUGCGCCACCCUGAGAAAGCAGGAAACCCAUGGUAUGAAGCCAGACCUCCCUGGCAGGCCUCAGGGAACCGGAUGAUCAGACCUUUGAAUGAGUCUAAUUUUUAGGCGAAAUACUAUUUUCGGAAAGGUUUACAUUGUCAAAAGCGAUGAGUAUGGAAUAUCAAAUCCUGUGCUGCUAUCCUACCAAGAUCACUUUCGUGGAGUCAAUUUGCAGUAUGCUCCAAGUAGCGAAAUCCUUCAAGCUGCUUUCGAAGUUAACAGUGAAGAACAUGGACAUUUUUAAUAUAAAGACUGUCUUUUGUUGUUGUUGUUGUUGUUGUUAUUGUUCAAAGAGGAUUUGAAGAGUAUUCUAAAAAUGUAUAUAUAUAUAUAAAAAAAAGGUCCUGGGGGCUAACUUCUGGCUGGUUUUCUUUUGCUGUGGGGUUUUGGUAUCUGGUUUUAAUGGUAAAUGUGCCUGGCCACCUGCCCCCAAAACCGUAUAGUAUCGUGGCUUCACUUGCUCUAAGAGUAGUUGUUGCAUUUUUCUUGUUCUUAAAAACAUGUUAGAAGCAAUGGACGUAUAUAAAAGCCUCAACUUGUCA